UAAUAGGGAAAUCAUUUAUAUUUGUGUUGAGGAUGGAGAGGUGAGGAAGGCAAUGAUUCAGACAGGGCGGAGGACACAUCUCAUUCUCUCCACCAAUCCAAUAAUUUCUUUAAUCUACCUUCUCACUUUCCCACUCCUCUUAUAUUAGUACUAUUAAGUCUCCCUCUCCUUUAACUCAACAAUCCAGCCACCACCACCACUACUACUAUUCAUUCCUUGUUUCUCACUCAAAAAUUUCAAAUUUCUAAAUAUUAAUUAAUCAAUCCUUCAUUUGUCAAAUAUGCGAAGCAUGGUAAGCAGCUCUGCUUCGUCACGAGGCAUUGCUGCCAUCGUUGGGGUGGGCCCCAAUCUGGGACUAUCAAUCGCCCGCAAAUUCGCUCACGAAGGCUACACGGUGGCCAUCCUUGCUCGCGACUUAGGGAGGCUGUCGAGAUUUGCGGAGGAGAUAGCACGGGAAGAGAAGUCGCAGGUGUUCGCGAUUCGAAUCGACUGCUCUGACUCAAGAAGCGUAAGGGAGGCCUUCGAAGGAGUGCUGUCCCUCGGAUUCGUCGAGGUCCUUGUCUACAAUGCUUACUAUCAUCCACUCCAAAACACCUCCUUCCACGACCUCCGCCUAGACUCCUUCCAGAAAUCCCUUGCUGUUUCUUCCAUUGGCGCCUUUCACUGCGCUCAACAGGUGCUGCCGGGCAUGGUGGAAAGAGGAAAGGGCACGAUUCUCUUCACUGGCUGCUCCGCUUCUCUAAACGGCAUUGCUGGAUACUCUGAAUUAUGCUGUGGGAAAUUCGCAUUGAGAGCACUAUCGCAAUGCCUGGCGAGGGAAUUUCAACCUCAGGGAGUGCACGUAGCCCAUGUUAUCAUAGAUGGUGUUGUUGGCCCACCCAGAGGGCAAACGGCGUCGUCUCAAGAAAGAAUAGUAGCAUCAUCAUAUGGGGAGUUAAGUAGCAGUAACAGUGGAGUAGUAGUAGGAAGUGGAAUUGUUGAUGGAACAAUAAUGGACCCAGACACGCUGGCUCAAACCUACUGGCACUUGCACAUUCAGGACCGAAACGCUUGGACCCAAGAAAUGGACCUACGAUCUUCUUGCGCUAGAUUCUUCUAGCUACCUCCUCCAUACAUCAAUCAACAAUUAUUAUGUAAUUUGUCUUUCUUAAUCACCUUCAUUUUCUUCUGUCAUCAAUCAUUGCUUCAUCAUCAUAUAGUAUAUCUAUCAAGAGUUAAUUUGUGACGUGUCUUACUUUUAGUUUCUCUCACAUUUAUUCAUGAAAUUGGAACUACUUAUAUACUCAGCAUGCUGUGUGUACAAAUUAAAGAUUGUGUGGAGUCAAAUGUCAAAACUCCUCCAAAGUAA